CCAGUUCGUGUUCGACAUCCAUAAGGGCAGUAUCACAGAUGCCUGCCUCUCUGUGGUGGCCCAGACCUUCAUGGACUCCUGUUCCACCUCAGAGCACCGCCUGGGCAAGGACUCCCCCUCCAACAAAUUGCUCUAUGCCAAGGAUAUCCCUAGCUACAAGAGCUGGGUAGAGAGGUAUUACGCAGACAUUGCAAAGCUCCCCGCCAUCAGCGACCAGGACAUGAACGCCUACCUCGCAGAGCAGUCCCGCCUGCAUGCCAUUGAGUUCAACAUGCUGAGCGCGCUCAAUGAGAUCUACUCAUAUGUCAGCAAGUACAGCGAAGAGAUCAUUGGGGCUCUGGAACAGGACGAGCAGGCGCGCAGGCAGCGCUUGGCAUACAAAGUAGAACAGCUUAUCUGUGCCAUGUCUAUUGAGAGCUGAAGAAAGGAGACGGCUGGUGCUCUUAGGCCAAGGAGAAGGAACGAGUUACUGCCAAGGCUCUUGGGAAUGAAGAGCAUAAACAAGCAAGGAAGGCACUGGACCCAUAUAAACACUGAGAGGUCCUCUGGGAGAAGCAGGGACUGGCCCAGAUCCUAAGUUCAAAAUCAUUUAGAUUCCAGUUUGAAAUGACAGCGAGAAGGACAGAGCAUCUCAAAGCAAAAUAAGGUCAAGCAGGAGUAAUCCUUCAAGUCGUGUGUGGAAGGAAGGAAUCUGAGAAGCCUGGAUGCUUCAAUGGAUGCUGCUUUGCAUGAAAACAAAAACCAUGUGAUAUAUAUUAGGAAAUAACUAAAACUUUAUUUAAAGGAUUUUUUUUUAAAAGAAAAAAAAUAGUAAAGCAACCACAGUGGCCACACGAAGAAUUCCGUCGAGAAAAUUCAGUUCCAAGUUCUCUCUCGCUCAUCUGUUUCCUGUGGUGUGUGGCUCAGACAUUCUGCGAACGGACUCCUAUGCUAAUUUGAAAAAUUGGAAAAUUAAAUUAUUCCUUGUCUUGGGAACUUUUCAAAAAUAUGAGCACAAGUUUGCACCAAACCUUUUUACACAAAGGAAGAGAGUAGUUCACCUGGACGUAAAUCCGGUGGCACCAGAAGGAACUUUACCUGAAUUAUAAAACCAUCAGAUCAUCUAACCUGUUUGUCUUGAAAUCCAGCUUUAUCUAUAUGUAUUUAUAUAGUGUCAAUAUAUAUAUAUAUAUAUAUAUAUAUUUUUUAAAUCCCGCUUACUGUUGAAUGAUGGUGGGUCUGAUUUUAAACAUUUUUCUCUGUUUUACUUCCAUUCCAUUUCAACACACAGCUCCACCCAGGUGUAAAGACUGCAGUAUUUUUGUUUGCUUCACUCGUGUUCUGAAAGAAUGUUCUGCCCUAUGUGGCAUGUGAAACUAAGGAAAGUCAUACACAGUUUCACCUGAAAUUGGUGCAUUGUUGUUUUCUGCAGGUGCAAUUUAAGCAAAACCAAUUGGCUGAUCUUGCGCAGUUGAACAGAGCUAGGCGGGACUUAAUUGCUUGGGGUGUUCGUUGACUAGAGUUCUUUUAUUCCAGCCACAAUGUGAUUUCUUGCAGUAAAAAAAAAAAAAAAACAACUAAAAAAUCAUGUUUACAGCAAGUGAUACUUGAAAAGCGUAGGCAAAGUGAGAUAACAUAUUUAUUGCUUUUCUGUUUGAGACUCUCUUAUAUUUACGCAUAAGAUCAGGACAGAUUCCGAUUACAUUUUUCCCUCAGCAUAUGCAAAGGCACCCAAAUGUAAAGCAUAGGAGUUUUUAUUUCUCAAUGGGAGAGAGAGAAUCUUUACUCAAGAUGAGAGAGUCCAUAAUGACACACUCAGAGUGCCAGCUAACAUUGUUGUCUUUGUCUCUAUUUCUCAUUGUUCGGUUCAGUUUCUAACUGGCCAUAGCAGCCCAUCUUUUCAUGGACAGCGAAAGACAAAUGUUUGUGAGUGUUAUUCCUUUAAAAGAAACCAAAGCUUUCCUGUCCCUUUAAAGAGUGCCAAGAGGCGGAUGGAAUGCUGUAAAUAUUUCUCUCUGUAAUAAAUACUGAUAUUUGUGCAGAC